UUGACUUGACUUAUUAUGUCCCAUCUUCUUGGGGCAGAACAGAUACAGCUAACGUCACCGUUGCUUGUAUCCCAGGUUACUCUUACCUUAUCCAGCCUGUAGAAUCGCUUCUUUCCCCUUCGCUUCUCCCUCUUAGUCCCGCUCAACCUUAACCAUUCAUCCCUCCUCCGCCGUAGCUUUACAACCUUUCUCUUCUUUCAUCUCUCAAACUCAAUAGCUCUUUGCUUCGCGCAGCUUGUAUAGCCCAGCUAUAUCAUUCUUCUAUUCUAUCCCAUCACUUUCCGCCUCAUCUUAAUCACGGAAUACGCGCGCGCAUUACUCCAUAGUAUAACCUCCUCGCGAGAGAGAGACGGCGAUCACCUUGCUCCGACAAGACAGCCCCAAAGGAGACGCCAGCUGACACCUCCUCGUCCACGAUUCUCCUCACCUUAAUUCUCUAUCCCUCUCCCGAGCCUGAUUCUCAGAUCGCACCUUGACCGGGAAAAUGGCAACCACCAGCGAAAACACUGGCGCGCCCAACUUGCGCCGCCGCGAGUCCUUGUCCGAGAUUCGAGCUGCCAACCCUGAUUUGGCUCUGAGCGGUAACAUUAUCUCGGCUACCUUCAACACACCGCAUUCUUUCGUCUAUCGAAAAGGCGGUGAUUGGGACUUGAAAUCUCGUCGCGGUCAAUCUGCUCUCUUUGACUCCUUCGCAUACCUCUCCUCCGACGCUACUCCAUGGAAUCAUACCGUUGUCGCGUGGACCGGCGAAAUCGACGCUCCAACCGAUGACGUCGUUUCUUCGCCCGGCACGCCCGCCCCAAACACUUUUGGUGCGACAUCGCUCAACGCCCUGUCCGCACCUGUUCCCAUCGACGGCAACACGCGCCUACCGACUCCUCCUCCAGUUGAUGGCCUCUGGGUCCCCCGCGAGGACCAAGACCGCCUCGAGUACCGUUUGUCACACAACAAAACCAUCCGCACCUACCCUGUUUGGCUCUCCGAUGAAUCUGAGGCCACUUCUGAGGGUAUCCUUCUCAAGGACCAGGCCCGCUGGCGACGAUAUGCUGAGCACGAUCUCUACACCCUCCUCCACUACAAGCAACAUGAGCCGACCGACGGCCGACGCGAACGUGUUCAAUGGGCCGAUUACUAUAGGAUGAACCAGAAAUUCGCCAACAAGAUCAUCGAGAUCUACAAACCUGGCGACAUCGUCAUCAUUCAUGACUACUUCCUCAUGUUGCUUCCCAGCAUGCUGCGACAGAGAGUCCCUAACAUGUACAUCUCGUUCUUCCUGCAUUCGCCCUUCCCCAGUAGCGAGUUCCUCCGCUGUCUGCCUCGACGAAAGGAGGUUCUUGAGGGUGUUUUGGGCUCAAACCUCAUUGGCUUCCAGUCAUACAGUUACUCUCGCCAUUUUCUGAGCUGCUGCACACGAAUCCUUGGAUUUCCCUCCGAUACUCUCGGAAUUGAUGCUUAUGGAACUCGUGUCCAAGUCGGCGUCUUCCCCAUUGGCAUUGACGCUGCCAAGGUUGAAAGCCACGCAUGGACCGAUGCUGUGACCGCCAAGUAUAACGCACUGCGCGAGCUUUACCGCGGAAAGAAGAUCAUUGUCGGACGUGACCGUCUGGACAGUGUCAGAGGUGUUGCCCAGAAGCUGCAGGCUUUCGAGCGCUUCCUUGAGAUGUACCCUGAGUGGCGUGAGAAGGUUGUUCUCAUCCAGGUCACCUCGCCCACUAGCGUCGAGGCGGAGAAAGAGGAUCUUGAGGACGACACAAAGGUUGCGACCCGUGUCAAUGAGCUUGUUAUGCGCAUCAACGGCAUGUACGGAAGUCUGGGCUUUUCUCCCGUCCAGCACUACCCACAGUAUCUCAGCCAGAACGAGUACUUUGCUCUUCUGCGUGCCGGUGACAUUGGGCUCAUCACCUCUGUGCGUGACGGCAUGAACACCACAAGUCUGGAGUAUAUUAUAUGCCAAAAGGAGGGCAAUGCUCCUCUCAUUCUCUCGGAGUUCAGCGGUACCGCUGGCAGUCUCAGCGAUGCCAUCCACAUCAAUCCCUGGGACCUCAGCGGCGUUGCUGAGAAGAUCAAUGCCGCUCUCACCAUGUCCGAAGACAAGCGACAGGAAAUGCAGUCUCGUCUCUACCGACACGUUACUGAGCACAAUGUGCAGUCCUGGAUUACUAAAUUCAUCCGCAAGGUGUACAAUGUUCUUGGCGACAGCAGUUCUGCCAACUCCACUCCUCUGCUUGACCGAGCUCUUCUUCUUACUCAAUACCGCUCAGCUAACAAACGUCUGUUCAUGUUCGACUACGACGGUACCCUCACGCCCAUCGUGCGCGAGCCUAGUGCUGCAGUGCCCUCGGAGCGUCUUAUUCACACCCUUGACCUGUUGGCUUCAGACCCCAAGAAUGCUGUGUGGAUCAUUUCGGGACGAGAUCAGGAGUUCUUGAAGCAGCACCUUGGCAACAACAGACGUCUUGGAUUCUCAGCCGAGCACGGCAGCUUUAUGAAACACCCCGGCUCAGAUGAGUGGGAGAAUCUUGCAGAGAAGUUCGAUAUGGGAUGGCAGGCUGAGGUGAUGGAGGUCUUCCAGAAAUACACCGACAGGGUUCAAGGUUCUUUCAUCGAGAGAAAGCGAUGUGCUUUGACCUGGCAUUAUAGAUUGGCCGACCCCGAGCAAGGCAUUCACAUGUCACGAGAGUGCCAUAAGGAGCUCGAAUCGACAGUUGGCGCGAAAUGGGAUGUCGAGGUGAUGCCUGGCAAGGCCAACAUCGAAGUCCGCCCCACGUUUAUCAACAAGGGCGAGAUCGCCAAGCGCCUCAUUACCAUGUACCACACACCUGGCGCCGAAUCUGAGGAUAAGUCUGGGCACCUCGAGUUCGCGCUGUGCAUGGGUGACGACUUCACGGAUGAGGACAUGUUCCGAAGCCUUAAUGCCGCUUCAGGCCCUGUGCUGGAUGCCAACCACGUCUUUACAGUCACCGUCGGAGCGAGCACAAAGGUCACAUUGGCCAAGUCGCAUCUCCUGGAACCAGAGGAUGUGAUCGAGUGCGUGGCUCUCCUCGCUGGUGUCCAGGAUGUAGGAGAACGUCUCGGUGAGGUGAAUCUGGGGGCGCUGAGUGCUGUCGAGGGACAUAUUCCCAAUGAUGAGCGGUAAUGACCGAACAAGUAUUGUUUUUUCCAGGCGUUUUUGGACAAGACGAAGACAAGAUAGACAGGUGGUGGGCGUAUGGAAUGGACAGUGAUGAAAGACAAGGGAGGGUAGUAUACAGAAAAUGGGAGGACAGCGUGGAGAUGUGUACGAAAGACACAGUUCUCAGCGUUCAUGAUGUUAGCUGUCGUACAUGCCAAUGAUAAUGAGUUGAAAGCCAGA